AUGGAGGAAAUGCAAGUAUUCACUAUUGUAGCCAGGCAAAAAGCUAUAACUGAGGAAGUACAGCGUCUCAAAACCAACAUAAGUAAAGAUGGUUCCGACCGAAAAACCGCAGAAUACAAGACGAAAAAAUUACGUGCGCUUGAAGAAUUAUGGGUAGAGUUCGCUACUAACCAUGAAAAAAUCAAAGCAUACGUAAAGGCGGAUACUCCGUAUGUGCAGGCGAAUACAUACGAAAAGGUCAAAAAUGCGUACAUGGAACUAAAACGAACCAUAGAAUCGAUUGAGCCUUCAGAUGCUAAGAGUGAUCCUGUAAAAACAGUUGUAGAACAGGCUACAAAAACAUCUACUCCUGUAGAUUCGGAAAUCGACCCUCCUAAAAAAUCAAACGGUUCCAACAAGAAUCCUACUGAAAGGCAAGAAGAAUUCAGUAGAAUUAUAAGAAGACACAACACCUCCGCACAGUCCUUACAGCGGUUGUUGGAUUCUAUCCAAACAACGCAGGAGGAGUGGAGUACAACAUUUUGUAGUGUCAAGAUAAGCUUGCUACAAAAGUACUGGGCUAAGCUGGAAGAAACACAUCUCCUGGUGCAUGAAUUUGUGAAUGAUCCGAAACGAGCAGGCUAUAAGUUGGAAGACUUCUACAAAUUCGAAGAUGACGUCCAGCAGUGUCUGAUAUCACUAACGGCCAGACUGGAACAGUCUUCCGCACUACCAUCCUCUCCAAACAUUCCUGUCGUAAGCGAACAUAAGCCAACCCUCAAAUUGCCAAAGAUAACACUGCCAAAAUUUGACGGGAACUAUAUCAAAUGGAAGCAGUUUUGUGACUUAUUCACGGAACUAGUCUAUAAACAGGAUAUAGCAAAUUGCCAAAAAUUGUUUUACUUAAAAACAACAUUAACUGGCGAAGCCGAAAACUUAAUAAGGCACUUUUCUACAUCCGACAACAACUACGAUGCAGCAUGGCAAGUUGUCAAGGAUAGGUACGAUAACCCACGGCUGCUAGUAACAGCUCAUGUCCAGAAACUUUUGAUGCAACCCGCGAUCCAGGCAGAAACCGCAAAGGCAGUCAAAGGAUUGCAUGAUACGACUCAAGAAUGUAUGCUGAGUCUAAAAGGUCUUAACAUUGAUACGAAUAAUUGGGAUCCCCUUCUUAUGACCAUUCUAAUCAAAAAGCUAGACCGAAACACUCUAACACUUUGGGAGCAGUCGCUGAAGCAGCCGAAGGCCUUGCCAUCAUUACACGAAUUCCUGACAUUUUUAGAACAACGAUUUCAAUCUCUAGAAGCCAUGGGACCAAAAGUAGUAAGAACAAGUUCGGACGAUCUUAUUAAAAGAACACGAGUAUCUCUUGCUUCGACCGACAGGACCAAUAAUUGUUCGAUCUGCGAACAGAAAAGACAUGCGAUACCCGUUUGUCCAAAGUUUCUGCAACAGUCAACACAAGAGAGAUUAACUACAGUUAAAUCCCUCAAAUGUUGUAUUAACUGCUUACGUUUUGGACAUCAAUCUCCAAAAUGUAAAUCAAUGCACUGUACAAAGUGCAAUAAAUACCAUCAUACAUUGCUUCAUGUAGCAAUAGAAAAUCAGCGACAGAAACAUCCUGCAAUCCACAACCGGGCUAGUACCUCAGCAGCGAGUAGUUCCACGGCAGAUGCAGAACAUUGUACCUCUGCGGCAGGAACCACUCCCACAAUCAAGCAACAAAAAGCCGUGAGCGUAAUACUUGGCACCGCUAUUGUCCACAUAAUGGAUCAAUCGGGGCAAAAAAUAGAAUGUCGAGCAUUAUUAGAUUCUGGUUCGCAGGUCAAUUUCAUAACCGACAAACUAGCCAGAGCAUUAGGCCUCAAGGAAACAUAUGAGACGCUAUGUGUUGAAGGCAUAGGUCAAGGCAAACAAGCAUCAAAUCGGAGAAUCAAUCUCAAAGUAGACUCCACAAUCAACAGAUUUUCUGCCAGAAUGGAAGCACAUGUACUUCCAAAGAUCAUCUCAACACAACCUUCGAUGCCCAUCAAUACAACCAAUUGGAAUAUUCCAAACAACAUUGUUCUAGCCGAUUCACAAUUUAAUCGGCCAGGAACAAUAGACUUGCUCAUCGGUGCGGAGAUUUUCUACUCGACCUUAGUUGUUGGGCAAAUAAGCCUAGGAGACAAUCUCCCAACCUUACAAAAUACAGUGUUUGGGUGGAUAGUUUCGGGCAAGGUAUCACCCUCUACCUACACUUCUAUGGUGGCAUCGUGCGGAAUUAGCGUCGAAGAUGCAGCUCUCUAUCAACAGAUAGAAAGGUUUUGGCGAUUAGAAGAAGUGACAUCCAUCACACACAAUCUAACUCAGGCCGAGAGACGCUGUGAAAAUCAUUUUCUUCAAACUACUACCAGAGAUUCCAAUAGUCGUUUUGUCGUACGACUACCAUUCAAAGAAGCGCCAACCUGCUUGGGAGAAUCAAAAGACAUAGCACGCCAGAGAUUCUAUGCCCUUGAACGCAGGCUUGCAAAAGAUCCAGAGCUAAAGCUGUCUUACAGACAAUUCAUGAAAGAAUACCAGGAGCUAGGGCACAUGUCAGAAGUAAAUAUCCGAGAGAUCAAUGAGCCCUAUUACUUUAUGCCUCAUCUAUGUGUCCAAAAACCUGACAGUAGCACUACAAAACUUAGAGUGGUGUUUGAUGCGUCGGCUAAAACCUCUGCAAACCUGUCACUUAAUGAUAUCCUCCACACUGGACCAACAAUUCAAGAUGAUGUAUUCACGAUGCUUCUACGUUUUCGCAUUCCAAGGUAUGUGUUUACUGCAGACAUUGAGAAAAUGUACCGACAAGUUUUGAUAAAUGAGGAGGACCAAAAGUACCAACUUAUUUGGUGGAGAUUUAACUCUAAUGAUCCACUUAAAUGCUUUAAACUUCACACAGUGACCUAUGGUACUAGCUCAGCAUCAUACCUAGCCACAAAAUGCCUCCAAGCAUUGGCACAUGAAAACAAGCAACGAUUCCCUCUGGGGUCAGCCGCACUAGCUCGAGAUUUUUAUGUCGAUGACGUAUUAACUGGGUCGGAUAAAAUCACUGAACUCCUGGCAACCCAAUCAGAACUGCAAACGAUAUUAUCAUCUGGUGGCUUCAAAUUAAGAAAAUGGUGUGCAAACCAUGCAUCGCUUCUCAAUGGCAUCCCUCUUGAGGACAGAGAAACUGAGCUCGACUUUAGCGACAACAUCGAUGAACAAAUCAAAACUGUGGGACUUACUUGGAUGCCUAAAUCUGAUCAACUAUGCGUCAAAACAACGUGGGCUCACAAGACUAGAACAACAAAACGAAUAGCAUCAUCCGACAUCGCGCAUUUAUUCGAUCCAUUGGGCAUUAUGGGGCCAGUAGUCGUCAUUGCAAAAAAUGUUUCUGCAAAAAAUAUGGGAACUUGGGCUUGA